CCCAAUAUGGCUGUAGUCACAAAAUAGAUUUUUGUCACUUGUAAAUCGAAAUAAUUUAGCUAAUAUUUACGGUUUAUAUAACAAUUCAGUAUAUUUUUAAGUAUCAGAAAGUUUAAAAAACUAUUUUCUUGUAUUACCGACAAACCUCGGCGGCAGGAUGAGCAAUAUUUACAUCCAGGAGCCACCAACUAAUGGAAAGGUCCUGUUGAAGACCUCAGCAGGAGACAUUGACAUUGAGUUGUGGUCCAAAGAGGCUCCUAAAGCCUGCAGGAACUUUGCACAGCUGUGCAUGGAAGGUUACUAUGAUGGCACAGUGUUUCACAGAGUGGUGCCUGAGUUCAUUGUUCAGGGCGGAGAUCCCACUGGAACAGGGACAGGUGGAGAGUCCAUCUACGGCCGGCCAUUCAAGGAUGAAUUUCACUCCAGAUUGCGCUUCAAUCGGAGAGGUCUGGUUGCCAUGGCAAAUGCCGGACCACAUGAUAACGGCAGUCAGUUUUUCUUCACGUUGGGACGUGCAGAUGAGCUCAACAAUAAACACACCAUAUUCGGAAAGGUGACAGGAGACACAGUGUAUAACAUGCUCAGAUUGGCAGAAGUUGAAUGUGACCAUGAGGAAAGACCUCUGAAUCCCCACAAGAUCAAAUCUACAGAGGUGCUUCACUGUCCUUUUGAUGACAUCAUACCUCGCGAAACAAAGAAAGCCAAAAAGGAAAAAGACAAAGAGGAAGGAAAGAAAUCGCAGUCAAAAGCCACAAAGAACUUCAGUCUGUUAUCAUUUGGGGAGGAAGCUGAAGAGGAGGAGGAGAUGGUGAAUCAAGUGAGCCAGACACUGAAGGGAAAAAGCAAAAGCAGCCACGACCUCCUGAAAGACGAUCCCAGACUGAGCUCUGUUCCAGCAGUUGAUAAGAAGAAGAAGAAGGGGACAUCAGGAGAUCCAGAUGAGAGCGAUGAUGACGAUGAUGUUGAAGAUGACGAGGAUGCAGAUGACGAUUAUGACUCUGAUGAGCGGGAGAGGAGGAGAGAGAUCAUCAGUAACAAGCUAAAGAAAGACAAAAGCGCCGAGAAAACGUCAGAGCCCGCUGAGGAGGAGCGGGAGAAAAAGAGCAGCCGCAGUGAUGAAUUGCGGAAAGAGGCGCGGCAGCUGAAGAAGGAACUGCAGGCCAUAAAGCAAAGGAGAGAAGAAAGCGCAAAACCUGCAGUGGACAAAGUCGAGGAGGAGGAAGAAAAGCCGACCAGUCAGGCGGUGGCUGAAUAUCUGGAGGGACGGAAGAAAUACGAAGAGCAGAGGAAACAGAAACUGAAGAAAGGCUCAAGCAGAGAACAACAGACACUGGACCUCCUCAAUCGUUUCAAGUCCAAGCUGUCCUCGGCCAUUACAGAGGACGCUCCAGAGGAAGACGUGGACGAGCUGGCAGAGGACGACGACAAAGGCUGGAUGGCCCAUGUUCUGCAGUUUGAUGAGCAAACCAGAAAAGUAAAGGAUGCCAACAUGCAGGACGAGGACACUUUCGAGAUCUACGACCCACGCAACCCCGUCAACAAACGACGGAGAGAGGAGAGCAAGAAGAUCAUGAAGGAGAAGAAGGCCAAGAGGUGAAGAGGCGAGGUCGUGAGGUCAAAAGGUCAGGUCCUGCCCAAGCCAUGUGACCGAGAAACUGGUCAUACAGAAUCCUGCCUGUCCACUUUUCCAACACUUCAAACCCCGUUUUGUUGAACAGUGUCCUGGCUCGAACAUCUGGAUUGAGGACCUGAGCAGAAGCGAUCCCUAUAAUCUGUAAAAGAAAGGCUCCUCUGCUCUCGAACAGCUGCACCGGACUCUACGGUGACUCGUCAGGAUUAAGACUGGGGUCACUGUAUUGAUUAUGGUCAUGAUUUGAUUACCUGUAAUGCUGUUCACUUUUUUAUGCUGUUCUUCUUCUGCUUAUGUUGUCUAGAGCUUAAAUGUGAGCGUUAGACUUAAAAAUACAUGAAUAAAAAAUUAGCAAACAGUUUUUUACGAUAAUGAUUUGACUCUUUUCUAUUUGAUUCAUCCAAACUCAUAAUUUUAUGAUUUUGAUGACAAUGCCAGCAACGUGUUA